ACCUGAUAAGGUAAAGAAUUCAUUGUAUUUUGCCACCACGGCAUUACCUUGAUUUUCCUUUCCCGUUAGGAUUUGCUCAGAAUAAUAUAAAAUUACUCGCUCCUUGGUCCCUGUUAUCGUUGCCGCUAUUCGGAUUUGCGCGGAUGUUGCGUUCUGGAUGGGUUUGCCGAAGUAUGGCUUCUCAUGGCGGCGCAGCGGAUUCGUGGUUCGGCAAUCACAGGAGCAACACCCGCUGGUCUGGCGCCGUUAAAUCGUUAAUUCUUUGCAUCUUUGGCGUGGCCUGCAUCAACUUGAUUACGAGAGGUAAUUUCAUGGGGUAUUGUGAGAAUCAAGCCGAAAUUGAGAUUCCUCUUGGCUCGCGUCGCCUGCCUCCACCGCCCUCCUAUGGUUUCGUAUCUUCUGACGAAUCUGAAAAAUAGGGCUUGUAUUGCUGUGCUUCACGAAGACUUUCACGGGAUGCGCUUUGCCUUCUUCUGAUCUAUUAAUGCUUGUACAUCAAAAAAUACUGAUACAACAAUUGAGGGAUUCGGGAUAUUCCCCAUUGCUUCUCAGUUACACCUUUCCGAGUGAGCAAAA